AUGGCUUCUGUUACUUCAUCCAGUGUCCCCCCAGUGUCAGCUUCAUCGCUCGAUCUCAUAGGAAACACUCCAUUAAUCAAGCUUAACAGAAUUCCUCAGUCCUUAGGAAUCAAAGCACAAAUCUAUGCCAAAGUCGAACUCUUCAAUGCAGGUGGAUCUAUCAAGGAUAGAAUUGCCAAAAACAUGGUUUUAGAAGCUGAAAAACUGGGAAGAAUUAAGCCUGGUUAUACGUUAAUUGAACCAACAUCAGGAAAUACCGGUAUUGGUUUGGCUCUUGUUGGUGCUGUUAAGGGUUACAGAACCAUUAUCACCUUACCAGAGAAGAUGUCCAAUGAAAAGGUUUCAGUUUUAAAGGCAUUAGGAGCAGAAAUCAUCAGAACUCCUACUGAAGCUGCUUGGGAUGCUCCAGAGUCCCACAUUGGUGUUGCUAAGAAGUUAGAAAAGGAAAUUCCAAACUCUGUGAUCUUGGAUCAAUACUCCAAUGAGGCAAACCCUAAUGCUCAUUACUAUGGAACUGGGUUUGAAAUUUGGGAACAAACCGAAGGGAAAGUCACACAUUUAAUUGCUGGUGCUGGUACUGGUGGUACUAUUAGUGGUAUUUCCAGAUACUUAAAGGAAAAGAACCCUAAGGUGCACGUCACAGGAGCAGAUCCAAAGGGUUCCAUCUUAGCUCAGCCAGAAUCUCUUAACACUUCCACCGAAGGCUAUCUUGUCGAAGGUAUUGGUUAUGAUUUCAUUCCAGAUGUCCUUGACAGGACAUACGUCGAUGAUUGGAUCAAGACCGAUGAUACUGAAUCCUUUAAGUUGGCUAGAAGAAUUAUUAGCGAAGAAGGUAUCUUAGUUGGUGGAUCCUCUGGUUCUGCUCUUCAAGCUGCCCUUGAAGUGGCUAAGGACUUGACUGAAGACGAUACCGUUGUUGUUGUCUUCCCAGAUUCAAUUAGAUCGUACCUUUCCAAGUUCGCUGACGAUGAAUGGAUGAAGUCCAAUGGAUUUGAAAUUGAAUCUAAGAAGAGUGCUAAAUCUGCUUCUGACUCUGACAACUUCUUAGAAACCACCAAGAUUAAGGAUCUUGUAGCUGGUAAGGCACCAGUUGUCACUGUCACUCUCGCAGACACUGUAGACAAGACUUUCAAUCUUUUACAAUCCAAUGGAUUCGACCAACUUCCAGUUCUUAAUGCAUCUGGUAAGUUAAUCGGUUUGGUUACCCUUUCAUCGCUUUUAAAGGCACUUUCCACUAAAAAAAUUCAAUUGACUAACUCUAUUAGAUCAGUCAUUAUCGAUUUCAGAAAAUUGGCUGAUUUUGAAAAGUCUUUUGGUAUAUCCAAGGCUUCAGGUUUCACCAAGAGAAGCUACGAACCAAUCACCAUGAACACUUCCUUGGAGUUAUUGAACAAGUUUUUCGAAACAAACUCUAAUGCUAUUGUCACUGAUGAUGAGUAUAAGCCAGUUCAAAUUGUAACCAAGGUCGAUUUAAUUUCAUACUUGACCAAGAACUCUACAUUCAAUUAA